AUGAUCACUCGGGUUUUGACAAUAGUGUUUGCUAUCCAUUUCAUCAUAUUCUCUCUGAUUAUUUGUGUAAAGAAAAAGACGAAAAGUAGAAAACAUAGCAAGAAAGCGGACAAGCGUCAUGCAAGAGAAACAAAUAACAUGAAUUCAUAUUCAACUAAUGUCUCAUGUGAACCUGAGCCCGUUAUACCAGUAAUAGCUCCACCACCGUCAGGAGCGGAGCAUGUGUACGAAGACAUAAUGGUUUUGGAUAUGUUGUCGCCUCCUCAAAACGGUUCCGUCUAUUAG